AUGAUUAGUGACAUUAAAGGCGUCGAUGAUUUUUUAGCUCAUAAAUCAAUAGCUAAACUCUCUGGAUUAAACAAAAUAUUUAUCAAGAAAUCAGUUGUAUAAGUUUCUAGUUGUGAUAAAUAUAACGUAUUCGGAAUUCAUGAAAUUGAAUCUGACACAGAAUAUAACACACAAGCAAUUUUUUAUAUCGUUGAAUACAGUGACUUCUGUAAUAGAUAAUUUUGCUCAGGAGAUUGCAGAUAAUUUAAGUUGCUGGCUAGCGAUUAAUAAAUCUAAGAAAAAAAUGAAUUUUUUAAAGAGAAUGUAUUUCUUGAAUUUGAUAGACCUUAAAAAUGCACAUUUUGUUGA